UAGAGAUUGCAGCCAUGUUGCCUUGCAAGCUGAUCCUUCUGGUCAAUGCCUUGAUCGUCGUCUGCCUUGGCCACGUGGAAGGUUCUAAAGGAAAUGAAUUUAGAAAGCACAAACUGAAAUACAUUAAGGAUGACUGGCAGCCUCACUUCGGCUACAAUAAGGGGCAUUAUGCCUUUGAGCAUAAGCAUCGCUACAAGGCCCGAUCGACCACCGUGAAGGGCCGCAUCCAUGGGCAAACUCCUCUGGAUGACUAUGUGGUGCGAAUAAUGGUCGAUGGGAAGCUCAUCUGUAAUGGGAUCAUUGUUGACACGCAGCAGGUGCUAACCGUCAGCACCUGCCUCAUAGACGCGCCGUUGGAUAAAAUGUUGGUGAAACUGUUCGAUGGCUCCCGCUACAAAGCGACAAAUAGCAGUGCGGCAAGGAGCUACGCGACGGGAGAAGGUGAGAAGCUGCUCACUCUCAUCAAGCUGGGCACGGAGCUUGAUGGACAGUUCAAAAAACCACCGCCCAUGUGCCGCCAUCGCAUCAGGAGCAGCGAGCCUGUCCAGCUGUGGACGUGGAAUAGCCGCAAGACCUACCUCAAGAAGAAUCAAGUCUCCCAGGUGUUGGAUGCCAAAUGCAAGCGCCAGAUCAAUGACAUGAGUGGUCUUGUCAUCAAGAACUACACCAGUUGCGUGGUCAACACCCAGUCUUCCAAGGAAUGCCAGAGAAAUUUCGGGCUGCCCUAUGUCCAUGAUCACAGCUUCUGUGGCAUGAACAUUCUGGGGCACAACUGUCCCAAGGCCAGCAAUGCCGAUGUCUAUGUGCGGCUGCUCGACGAGAAGCGAUACAUUAGCGAGAAGCUGAACAUGGUUCGCCGUUCGGGCAUCGACAAGGAGAUAUUCUAAUCAAUUUAAAUUAAU